CGCCCCAACUUCCUGCCCCGCCGGAGCCAGGAAGCGGGAGCCGGGACGCAGGGCCGGGGAUCGCCGAGCCCGACCCCGGGCGCCCCGCCGGUCACCUCCCCGCGCGGACACCAGAGGCCCCAUUGAGCUGCGGAGGAGGAGGCCAGGAUGGGGGGAGGCUGUUUACUCACCUUCACACCUGGGCCAGGAAUCUGUGAAUAACCACGCUGCUGCCUCCUCCCACCACCUAACCGCGGCCCCUCCUCUUCCCUCAGCCGUGUGGAACCCAUGCAGGCAGCGGAAGAAAUGGCCCGAGGGGCGGCCCCAGGGCCCCCCCGGCCUGGCCUGGUGCCCAUCAGCAUCAUCGGGGCUGAGGACGAAGAUUUUGAGAAUGAGCUGGAGACGAAUGCAGAGGAGCAGAACAGCCAGUUCCAGAGCCUGGAGCAGGUGAAGCGGCGCCCAGUCCACCUCAUAGCCCUCCUGCAGCACGUGGCCCUGCAGUUCGAGCCAGCACCCCUGCUCUGCUGCCUCCACGCGGACAUGCUGAGCACCCUGGGCCCCAAGGAGUUCAAGAAGGCCUUUAUUGACUUCUACCACAGCUUCCUGGAUAAGACAGCGGUUCUGCGGGUGUCAGUGCCUGCCAACGUCGCCUUUGAACUUGACCGUACGCGGCCUGACCUCAUCUCUGAGGACAUCCAGCGGCGGUUCGUGCAGGAGGUGGUGCAGAGCCAGCAGGCGGCCAUCAGCCGGCAGCUGGAGGACUUCCGCUCUAAGCGGCUCAUGGGCAUGACGCCCUGGGAGCAGGAGCUGGCCCAUCUGGAGGCCUGGGCUGGACGGGACCGCACCACCUAUGAGGCCCGGGAGCGGCUCACGGCCGAGCGGCUACUGACCCACCUUGAGGAGAUGCAACCCACCAUCUCUACCGAUGAAGAAAAGAGUGCUGCUGUGGUCAACGCCAUCAGCGUGUACAUGCGCCACCUUGGGGUGCGAACCAAGAGCGGGGACAAGAAAUCGGGAAGGAACUUCUUCCGGAAAAAGAACCGGCGGCCAGAUGAGCCUCCCAAGACCAAGAAAGGACUGAGCAGCAUCCUGGAUGCCGCCCGCUGGAACCGGGGAGAGCCCCAGGUGCCAGAUUUUCGACACCUCAAAAUCGAGGCUGAAGCUGAUAAGCAAGGCUCUACAGAACGGAAGGGAGGCCUGGCAGUGCCUUCUCGAGACCGAAAUGUUGGGGUUCCUGGGCAAGACACCCUCGGAGUUUCUCUGCACCCUCUGUCUGGGGACAGCCCAGACCGAGAACCAGGUGUUGACCCCCCACUGGAGCUGGGGGACCUGCCCCUGCAGGGCCCAACAAACCUGGAGCCCCCGGCAGCCCCAGAGAGCACUGAGGAGGGUGCUGACACAGAGAGAAGGUGGAAGAGGCUAUCAGGGCGUCUGGGGCGCUCGGAGAGCCUGCGGGUGAGUGACCGCCGCCGGCCUUCCCGGGGCAGCCUCGGGGCUAAGGGCCGGGGUGGGGGCCGCUCCCGGAGCGACGUGGACAUGGACCCCAGCUCCGCCACGGCUGUGCUUGGCCCUGCCCGACGAGCCACCCCUGAGCCUGGAGAUGAGGGGGAGCCAGGGCGGUUGGGACUAGAGCUGGAACCAGAGGAGCCCCCUGGCUGGCGGGAACUGGUCCCGCCGGACACCCUGCACAGCCUGCCCAAGAGCCAGGUGAAGCGGCAGGAAGUCAUUAGCGAGCUGCUGGUGACGGAGGCGGCACACGUGCGCAUGCUUCGGGUGCUGCAUGACCUCUUCUACCAGCCCAUGGCGGAGGGUGGCUUCUUCCCGCAGGAUGAGCUGCAGAACAUCUUUCCCAGCCUGGACGAGCUCAUCGAGGUGCAUUCCUUAUUCCUUGAUAGCCUGAUGAAGCGGAGACAGGACAGUGGCUACCUCAUUGAGGAGAUUGGGGAUGUGCUGCUGGCCCGGUUUGAUGGUGCUGAGGGCACGUGGUUCCAGAAAAUCUCCUCCCGCUUCUGCAGCCGGCAGUCUUUUGCCUUAGAGCAGCUCAAAGCCAAACAGCGCAAGGAUCCUCGAUUCUGUGCCUUUGUGCAGGAUGCCGAGAGCCGUCCACGGUGUCGCCGCUUACAGCUGAAGGACAUGAUCCCCACUGAGAUGCAGCGCCUGACCAAGUACCCCCUGCUCCUCCAAAGCAUCGGACAGAAUACAGAAGAGCCUGCGGAACGGAAGAAAGUGGAGCGGGCGGCCGAGUGCUGCCGGGAAAUUCUGCACCACGUCAACCAGGCCGUGCGCGACAUGGAGGACCUGCUGAGGCUCAAGGAUUAUCAGCGGCGCCUGGACUUGUCCCACCUUCGUCAGAGCAGCGACCCCAUGCUGAGCGAGUUCAAGAACCUGGACAUCACCAAGAAAAAGUUGGUUCAUGAGGGCCCGCUGACAUGGCGAGUGACGAAGGACAAGGCUGUGGAGGUUCAUGUGCUACUGCUGGAUGACCUGCUGCUGCUGCUGCAGCGCCAGGAUGAGCGGCUGCUGCUCAAAUCGCACAGCCGCACGCUGACGCCCACACCAGAUGGCAAGACCAUGCUGCGGCCUGUGCUGCGGCUCACCUCCGCCAUGACCCGAGAGGUGGCCACUGAUCACAAAGCCUUCUACGUCAUUUUCACUUGGGACCAGGAGGCCCAGAUAUAUGAGCUGGUGGCACAGACAGUGUCUGAGAGGAAGAACUGGUGUGCCCUCAUCACGGAGACCGCUGGAUCCCUGAAAGUCCCCGCCCCCGCCUCCCGCCCAAAACCCCCCCGGACCAGCCCAAGCAGCACUCGAGAACCCCUGCUCAGCAGCUCUGAAAACAGCAACGGUGGCAGAGAGAUGCCUCCACCUGAUGGCCGUAUGGAGAGAAUCCUCAGUGACCUCCUGCCCUUCUGCAGACCAGGCCCUGAGGGCCAGCUCGCUGCCACCGCCCUUCAGAAAGUGCUGUCCUUGAAGCAGCUCCUGUUGCCUGUGAAGGAAGACAGCGGGGCAGGGCCUCCCCGAGAAGGGGAUGGGGUCCCGGGUGGUGGUCCCCUGAGCCUAUCGCAGACCCAGAAGGUCCAGGAGAAGCUGCUCAGUCUGGAGGAGACCGUGAAGCGGCUGGAGGAGAUGGAGGAGGAAUUUUGCCGCCUUCGACUCCUCCUAUCUCAGCUGGGUGGGAACACUGCUCCCCAGCCUGGCUGCACCUGAGGAUUCUGCCCUAACAGGCCUUUUACAAGAAGGACGAAGAGGAAUGGGGAAUGGGGGAGAGGAUGUGUGGGGCCGCCUCCCUGCCCACCAGCACUGCUGCCUCAGCAUCUCUGCACCCCCAGGGCCUGUGAAGAGGGGGCCGCUGCCA